GAGGUGUGUUGGUACACACUUGCACCUUCCACCACUAGAAUGCGGCUGAUAUUGGUACUGGCAGCGUUGGUGGCUGCGGCUGCCGCAGAUAAACUGCAACAACAGCAACAACAGAAGCCGGCACAGGGCAAGCUACUGUCCCUGCCUGAGCCCGCCUUGUGCGCCUCCCGACCUAAGCAAUGGCAGUUCGGCGGCCACAACUACUUCUUCUCCUGGGAUCAGGAGCGCCCUGGCUUCUACGAGGAGGAGAGCCAGAACCCACAAGAGAACAUUGGCAAGAAAGUGAACUGGCUGAUCUCUCGUAACGAGUGCCGCCGCCGCUGCAUGGACGCUGUCAGUAUCGAGUCUGAGGCUGAGAAUGACAUGAUCCUCGAAUUCGUAAAAUCCCGCAACCUUCAAUACAUCUGGACGUCUGGUCGUCUGUGUGACUUCACUGGAUGUGAGUCCAGACAGGACCUCAAGCCCCUUAACAUCAACGGUUGGUUCUGGUCUGGCACCAACACUAAGAUGGCCCCCACCAACAAAAUCCCUCCAGGUUGGAGCUAUCAACCAUGGAGUCAGACUGGUCACACUGGCGUCCCACAGCCAGACAACGCUGAGUUCGACAUUAAUCAGACAAGUGAAUCCUGCCUGGGCGUCCUAAACAACAUUUACAAAGAUGGUAUUAAGUGGCACGAUAUUGCAUGCUACCAUCCUAAGCCCUUCGUAUGUGAAGACAGCGAUGUGCUCUUAGAAUAUGUUCGAGCCACCAACCCCGGCUUGCAGCUGUAGACUGCUGACACUGUCAUUGUUUACUGUGUCAUAAUGUAAGCACAAACAUUAAUAGUUACUUAUAAAGUAGUAAACAUCAAACGAACUUGCACCACUACAUUUUCUCAGUGGUCAACAACGUUAUUGCAAACUGAUUCCUAAAUGUUAUAUUUAAAUUCCAAGUAAUCAACUCAGAAGCACAAAAAUCCUAAUUU